UUAUUAGUUUCUGAUUACUGAGAAUAACAUAUCAUCAGUCUUUAUCUAUGGAGAAUAAGCAGUUUUAAGCUAACAGCUAAUCAAGAUGUUCAUUAUAGUCUGCUAGUAGUUGUGCACACCAUAUCUUAUGGUAUAACGGAUUGCCUACUACAAAUACAUAAAUUGAGUAAAAAUGUUCCGUACCUGAACAGACAACUAUGACUAUUGUAUACUUGUUUCUGCUCCUUAGACACAACAGAGACAAGUCCAAAGUCAGUUUGAACCCGGCAAAUUUCUUUCCUAGAUAAACGCAAUAUUUCAUUACCGGUCUCCUACAAGCAAAAUUUAUAAUGGUUUCGCGUAUCUGUACUUUACAUAAGUUGCGAUAUCGCUAUCGUUUCUCCAUCUAACGUUCCGGUUAACGCCGGGUAUGUAAACAGUGAAAUAUAAUUUGGGGGGUCAACUGUUAACACUAUGUAUUAACAUUUCAUUAUGCUCUUCGAUAGUGUUAGUGUAACAGUGCAAUAUAGAAACCCUAUGAAUCAAUUAGCCUGUUAAAUAUAUUAUUUUAUAUACUCCAAGGCUGUUUCCUAGAAGUCGAUGACAAAAUGUGUCUAGUAAAGGUUAUGUUUUGCGUAUUUACCAUGAUGGAAAUCGGGGCCAGUGUGGGUUUAAAUAACUACUGCAUAGAUUUUAGCCCGAAAAAAUUGAUGCCAAGCUUUAUAAAUGUGACAAGUGCCAACUAUCGAAUCAUUUUCGAUCUUUGCAAAAGUUUGAAUGUACAUUAUGAUGGCUGUAAGUCGGACAGUGCUGCAUGUUUAAUGAAUCUUAACACAAACAGAGCAUUUUCCUUAGGAACGGCGUUCACGACUACUAAAAAUGGUACAGCUAUAUCAAUUAACAGCGAUAAGUGCACAGCGAAAGAAAAAUAUUCUUUGGUAGUACAUUUUAAUGGUUCAGUGAAAAGACCUAUUUUAUCAAAAGUUGAUGGCCAAUGCCAAUUUCAUAUAGACAUGCGACAACCUUUGGUCAACAGAGGAAUCACAAUAUAUGGCGAAUUCAUUGAUUUAACCCCUUUAGCAAGAUCGUAUCGAAUUCAAACACCGACAAGAAAUUUCAGUAUUAACAUUGAUCGAACAGAACCGUCGUGCCGGAACAAACAAUUAGCAACUGAAAACGUUAAUGCUUGUCAACUAGACGCAGAUGGUCCAAUACCUUUGUCACAAGAUUCACAUUUUUCCGUUAUGUAUAACGGAGAGAAAAACUUGCUGUUUUUUUCUGGUAGAUAUUCGGAAAAUUACAAAAAAGCUGAAAGAAAGAUUCAAAUUGACUUAGUUUGCAACUGGGAUAAGACUGCCGUGCAAAAUAAUGAUCUUACUUUUGUCCCACAACAAAACCAAGGAAAAAAAUAUUGGUUCAAAUUGGAGACGGCAUUAGGAUGUAUUUCGCACACAAUUAAUUGGGUGAUUCAACAAAACCAUUUAAUCUUUAACGUUUCAAAUGUGUGCUUCGAGAGCCGAGAUAUAUUAACUGUUGAUGAUUUGCCGCUCACAAAUGAAACCAGUUAUUACAUACAUUUUUGUGGUCCAGGACAUCUGCCAAAGCCCCUCUCGAAAGUAACAGAAACUCUAAAUGGGAUAGAUAUAAACAAAGGAACCUCUGUCUUAAGUUCGGGAAUAUCAAAAGAGGGCUUUGUCGAAGUUACAAUUAUAGGAAAAUCAAAAUGUAUGAAUUCAAGUUAUACGCAAAACCCGUAUUGGAAAACCCAAAUAAAUUUCAGUUGUGAUGAAAAAGAGCAUGGACCAAGGUUCCUAGAAACCGGUUCGUGUUACACGUAUUUCCUCUGGAAAUCACCCCACGCUUGUCCAAAAUACAAUGCAUCGCAUUGUACCGAUAUGGCACCUCAGCAUUCCUCUUGUAUAUUUCGCGAUGGAGAGAAAUAUUUUAAUCUAUCUUCUCUAGAUAAAACGCACACUUUGAAAGAUAAAAACCUAGAGUUUAAAUUUAAUGUAUGCGGUGCUGUAAUUGAUAAAGACGUUCCCUGCACGACAACAGUGUCGCUGGCUAUGAUAAACACUAGUGAAAUUGAUAUUCGGAAAAAAUUUACAUCGCUUGGAAAAUAUUACGACUAUACGGAGGUAGAUGGUAACUUAAAGCUUUUAUUUAUUACUGGCAGCUUUUGUGGUCCAACUGAUUAUCACAGUUCCAUUAUUUUUGAAUGUGCGCAAGUUGAGGAAAAUCCCAUUCUUUUACCACAAAGAGACCGUUGCAAUUAUGAAUUUCGUUGGAGAACACAACAUGCCUGCCCAUAUUAUCAAUGCAUGUUUACGGAUUCACGCAGUAAUAUAAGGAUUCAUUUGCAACAUGUGCAUCCCAUAAAAUUGGUAGGCGGAACAUAUACCGCUGAAUUUCAUGUUUGUGAGCGUUUUUAUUCCUUCUGCGCUUCGGACAAGAAUUGCACUGAUGUUAAGUUUGGCGAUAUUAGACCAACUUUUUUGAGCAAUAUGACUUCUUUAGACAUAUUUGUGGAUAUUCCGUGCAAAAAAACUGAUGACUUUAAUCAAGUUACUUUCAAUUUCAUUUGCGAGGAUAUUACAUAUAAUGAACACUUCGGUCCUUUCAGACGAAGCGGUUGCAAUAUAAUUCUUGAUUAUUACACUAGUUACGUAUGCCGUUUUCAGAAUGAUAGUGUACCCAGAGAAUCGGCAAAGUUACACUUUGCAGACAAUAUUACGAGAAAUUUAGUUCCGGUAGAAAACAGGGUCAAUCCCAGUUUAAAAAGCCAGCGUAACAAAUGCCUUUUUACAAGUCCAUUUACUGACAAGCUGUUAAACCCUUACAAUCUUACCAAUAAUGAAUCUUUGAAAAAAUAUUGUCCAAUAGCGAUAUUCAAUGAUACGUAUCGUUUUGUGAAAUUAGUUUACAAUUCGAGUCAACCAUGUAAAGUGGGUCAAAAUAUGUCCUAUGAAAUUUACCUUUUAUGCACAAAUACCAUGAAACCUGCAUUAACAGAGAACACAUGUUUGUUGCCUUCUAACUACACAAAACCUGAGUAUUGCAACUUUUUCAUACCGGAUAUGGCAAAGUCUAGUUUAUUAGUUCCCGGAAGUAUAAUAGGAUGUAUUGCCCUAGUGAUUGUCUUGGUCCUGGGACUUGUACUAGUUAAAAGAGGCUGCUGUAUUCGUAGUCAAUACAGAUCCAGCGAACUGAUGUGCAUAUAUGAAAAGAAUGUCCAACUUUGAGCCGCUAUAUAAGCUGGGUAUUCGCUAGUUCAACUACCGAUGAGGGCGCUGCGAAACUUCAACAUUACUCACCAUUGUUAACUGCAAAAAUCAUGAAUACAUUAUUCAUACCUUCCUGACAUCACAUAGUUUAAGUCUAUAACAUUAAACAAUACUUACACACUUUUCAAUAUAUUUCUAUCAUUACAAGCUUGCAAAAGCUGAGCAGAUCUAAACAAAAUAAGUCACAAUGGCAUUUAAUAAAAAUAAGUAUCAAAUUUUACUAGUGUCGUUAUAAUUAGCCGCCAGUGGGCGCUUCGACUUUUGAACUAGCGAAUAUUGCCUUUAUAACUAGCAGAAAUCAUCAAGUAUGUUCGAAUCAUCUUUACACUCAAAUGGAAGAACACAUCCUGAAGAUAUAGUUAUAUUUUUGUAUUAAUAAGCGUGUAAAUUUUGUUUCAUUUACCAUAUAACUUGUAUGCAUUUGCUAGACAUCACAGGGGAUACAAAUAGCUCGAAAUAAUUUUUUUGUUCAAUUCUUGAUUAUCAUCAAUUAAUUUGACGUAUUGUUUCAACUAUAGCUGUGAUGCCAAAAUUCGUCAUUGACGCAAGAUCCAAAGAUGUGCUUGAAUUUCAAUUGUUGUUAAUAUUUUUUAAGUUUCAGUAUGUUAUUUUUUUAGAUUUUGCUCGUGGGAAAGAGUUCCUUUUAAGUUAAGGAAUAUAUAAUAGAACCCCGAUAUGAAUUGAACAAAACUAUUAAGUUACUUAUACAUCGAGAAUUGGUUUAAUUUAUUAACGUUCAUUAUUCGUCAUUUGCAUUCACGUUAUUCAAUGCGAGUGUAUUUGAUCAGCUAUCAUUAAUUUAUAUUUGACUAGUUUUUUUAUUUAUUAUAUCCGUUAAACUUUUUAAAUUUAUUUUCGGGUGUGUGUGUGUGAGAUACAUUGGUUAUAAUUAAGUUAAGGCUCUCGAGAUGUUUGUUAAUUUAGAUAUUAUUGUUUUAUUCUCGGAAAUGUUUUUAUACUUGAAUAUAAAGGGUUCCAAUAAGAACGACGGUUUUGAAUUGCGCAAAUUUUUUUGUAUCAUGAUUAGACAUUAAGAAAAAGGCCGUUCGGCAGUUAUUUAUCGUUUUGGAUCUGGGCGACAUUGGCCGCCCAGAUCAUGUGAUUUAACGCCUUUGGACUUUUUUUAAAGUCACAAGUUUACGUGAACAAAGCAACGAUUGACGCCUUAAAAGAUGAAAUUCAACGCUGUAUCUCUGAAAUACCGCAAAAUUCAUGCGCAAUAGUCCUUGAAAAUUUUACAAAAAGAGCACGUCUGUGCCAGCAAAGCCGAGGCACCGCUCAUUUGUUCGAUGUCUUAUUCCUUUCAUAACCUCAUGAUGUGCACUUUAUUUUUUAAAUAAAUGUUUCAAACAUGCUACAAAUAUAUUUUAUUUGUAGCAUAGCAUAGUAUUGAUUGAAAUUUAAGUACGUCGUUCUUAUUGGAACACCUUUUGCAUGUAUUUUGUACUAUGUGGUUCAUGUUUAGUUUUUUCAACUAAAGGGCUGCUUUGGAUGAUUUAUAAAACAGGAUAACCAGAUGAGACUCAUGUUUAAAUUUUGAACAUAAUUGGAUAAGACCAACAAAUUUCAUUCAGUAAUUUUUUAUUGUUUAAUACUCUUUUAUACCCGUACAGUACUCGAAAACCCAUCUCAAGAAAUACAUUAUAAUCAAUUAUA